AUGAAUCUGCCCUCGUCUCCCUUCCUCACGCCCUGCGCAACCGGCCUCCCCUCGGCCCUCUUCACCUGCGCAUGGCCCACUCUCUUGAGCCGCUCGUCCGACCGGCCCAACGACAACUGCCUCGCCAACCGGCUCGUCAACUCCACCGGUUCCGCCAGUCAAUCGAGUCUGGACGACGCAGUCUUCCCCGCCGUCCCAUUCACGAGUCCUCUUUCGCUCGACUCCUGUCGUCUUGACAACCACUCGUCGACAAGACAGUCACCGUCUGACUUGGCGCCUGCCGCUUUCGCCACACUCCUCUCCACGCCCUGUCUCGACUCGCACCUACCGACACACACACACGCAUCCACUGAGGCCGACUGGAGUCUGGUGAAGACGAUCUCGGCGCUGCCCACCGCCCAGUUGCCCGUCUUACCGGCCGCUCCUCGAGCUCCCCUCCACUCACCUGCCGUCGCCAUGGAUACUCCUCUCUUGCCGAGCACAGAGCAUCCAGCGCCAACGUUUAACGCCUCUUUCCUGGCCGCCACCGCUUUGGCCUGCCUCAACGCCACUUCACCAGCCUCUCCACUCUUUUGCUCCUCCUCCUCCUCCUCCUCCGCUUCCUCCGCUUCCUCCGCUUCCUCCGCCUCCUCCGCCUCGUUUGUGCCGUUUCUACCCUCUCCCGGCGUGUCUCUGUGCCACCCGACUUGUCUGAAACGUCUGCCCUGCCCGCCUGAGGCGUGGCGGCCCGUCGGCCCGAGCCCCGUCGUCGGGGAGGCGGUCCGCGAGACCCUCCUACCCACACAGACAGCCAGACGUGCUGUACCCGCCGCGAGUUUGGCCAACCUGGGAUCUCGUGAUCCUCUCGACUCGGUCGCGUCGUGCGUGCUCGCCAGCCUCGGCUGUACCUCUUUCGCCUCGAGGCUGACUGGCGCUGCCGGCGAUGCGGGAAGACGCCUCCUUCAGGCGGCCAAUCUGCCCGUUUUGCCGGCUUUUUGGCCCCCGCAACCGUUUGUCUCUCCUGACGCCGCAGAGCCAGACGCUCGGGACUCGAACUGUCGGUCGUCAGGGCUGCCGCCGACGGUCGGCCAACGGGCCUGGCGUCCGAUCGUGUCUGCCGGCUCCGGCUCCGGCUCCGAUUGGCCCAGUUGGCCGGUCGAGUCCGUCGGGCCGGUCGGAGAGACGGGGUCGUGUCUGGACGUGGCACGAUCGUGUCUCGAGGCGAGCGGCAGCGGGGACUCGGGCAGCGCGGGCAGAUGCGCCGACUCGAGUGGACCCGUGAGUGUCGGCAGCGGCAUCGGCGGCUGUUGCGAAGGGGCUACCACCACCGAAGAGGACAGUCCUUGCGUUCACCUCCUUUCCGGCCGGGAAGCGGCAGAUCUGUCGUCCGCCAGCACGCCGCUCGACAUUCACGGCGCUGAGGGUAAUUCGAGUUAUGCACAUGCCUACUUACAAUGA